AUGUCUACUAUUCGGCAAGAACUGGUACAGUCAGCGGUUAACUUUCUUAAGGAUCCACAAGUUAAGAAUUCUCCGUUACAAAAGCGGGUAGCUUUUUUAGAAUCUAAAGGAUUAUCUUCGGAGGAGAUUGAGGAAGCAUUAAAAAAAGUAAAAGAUGUAUCUCCGAAUGUUGCACCGCAAAUACCACCUACACCGCCCUCUCAAGGUUCUGGGCAAGUUAUGAUAACGCAACCACCUCCAGUUCCGAGAAUGGAUUGGCGAGAUUUCUUUAUCGCUGCAGUUUUUGUUGGAGGCAUUGGAUAUGCAAUAGUGGCAGUCACAAAGAAGUAUAUAUUGCCAUUACUAAAAACACCUACAGCGAAAGAACUUGAGAUGGAUAAACAAGCACUUAGUGAUCAAUUCAAUGCUGCUUCUGAGACACUUAAUGAUGUGAAGUCAGAUACACAAGUUGUCAAAAAAACUAUUGAAGAACAAGUAUAUAAAGUAAAAGAAUCCUUAGAGACUCUAGACAAAAUGAUGAGUGAUAUUAAACAACAAGAAGCAAAACGAGAUUCAGAUUUAAAAAUUUUAAAGGAAGAUAUGGAUGCUAUUCGAGACUUGAUAACAAAGCUUCUUGAAAAGACCAAGGAUUCGCAAAACCAAUCACUUUCAGAAGUACAACAAGAACUUAAAUCGUUAAAAUCUCUUCUCCUCAAUCGACGAUCUAAUUCAACAACAGGAUCACCUAUAGCCGAAGCAUUAUCCUCAUCAUCUUCAACAACAGCGCCCAUUAUGAAUUCGACGACAUUACCUGCAAUUCCAUCAGUUUCGUCUCCUUUUCCUGGAGUGUCACCAAGUCGACCGUCAAUUCCGUCCUGGCAAAUGGGUAUGAACAACGCUUCCACCGCAAUUAAGGUUCCAGUAGAACAAAAUAAUUCUACCUCAAGUGAACAUAAUGGAACCAGUGCCGUCACAAGCAACGGCGCUGAGAACAAUAAUUUAACAUUAGUAAAUUAG